GAGGCCAUGAUAACAUGGAUUUAAGUACUUGGGAGCCUGAAACAGAAAGGAGUGGUUGUUUUUUUAUUUUACUUUUUGUUUUUUUUCAAGUAAUCAAAGGUGAAAAUAGUGCGGAGCAGAAAGCCCGAGUGGCUCUCUCUCUCUCUGUCUCUGCCACUCCUCACCGGGGGUUCGGGCUGUUGAAAGGAACCGUGGCAGGGGCUGCUAAUGCCACAUGAUCUAGGGUGGACUUACACCUCCGGCCCUCGCUCGCUACAGGACACAGCGACGUUGGCUUUAGCAAAUGAUUUGAGAUGAAAUAUUUUGCUCCAUGGAUCUUGUUACGUUAACUUGGACUUUGUGGGGGUGUCCAAAGGGAUUCCUGAGGUACGGUGCGUUUUCUUUCUAUUCUCGGAUAAAGUCUAUUUUUAGGCAACUCUUUUUGCCAGAGCACAUUAGUGGGAUAUCGUUAAUUAGCAAAGGAAGCAAAUCCAGAGUCUAAUGUUUUCUUUGAUCAAUGACUACGGUGUUCCAUUUUUAUUUAUUUUUUUUACAUUAUGAAUGUCGGACUUCUAAAUAUGACUUGAAGUCCGAAAAGGACCCAAGUAGACUUUUGCUGAUCUGACAUUCUAUUCAAUAAUAACAACUUGAAAAUGAUUGGGAAAAGUUGUAAACGUUAAAAAGAGGGCACAAAUCUUUUUUAAGGGCGUUCCUACCAACCUGCCCCUUAAUUACACACUUAAAAAUGCCCCUGACUGUAGUUUUAGGUGUAAAACCACAGACCAGUAGCUGCGCCAUAAUGGGUGUAGUGACUUCUUCACUGCUUGUAUCAUCACAUCCUGAAGAGUGCCCGGUGCAACAGCCCAGGUCAACCUGCCUUGCCUCUACUUCCCCUGAGGCCAGAGAUAUCUGAACCGAGUUUUUCAGAAAAGGCCCUCAAUAACUGCAACCUGUCCUGAUAACCAGAGAAAUUGCCUGAUAAAAAAGUGCAGUCCCUAAAGGUGUGAAGGAAAAAAAAUCAAGAUGGCAGAAGGCCCCGGAGCCAGUCCCAGUCUGGACGUUCCUCCCAAGAGGCCCAGAGUCUCGGAGGACCAUGUUGUUCCAGACACUGGGAGUGCAACACAAGAACCCAAGGCGCCGAUCUUCAGCCGCAAACUCCGCAAGGCGGCGGUGGGAACAGGCUGUGACAUUCGACUAAGGGUCACGGUGGCAGGAUUUCCGAAGCCUUUGCUCGCCUGGUACCACAACGAUGAACUCCUUCCUCUGUCAGAAGCCCAGGACUCAGGGGGACUGUGGAUACGGGACUGCCGCACAAGCGACGCCGGCUUGUAUACCUGCGUGGCGACCAAUGAGCUGGGAGAGGCGAGCUGCAGUGCUGUCCUGGCCAUCAUGGACCUUGGUGAAGACUCUGAGGCCACAGAGGAUGAGACCACAGAACCUCAGAUGGAAACCAAAGAGGGGCCCGGGAGGCACCAAGACAAGUCUGGACGGAGAGGACCUCCAGGUGAGGGAGGACGGCUGAUGGACUACAACCCAGAUGCUUCAGAUCGCAGGGCCACCCUUCCCGGCAUCAAUGACCCCGUGGUGGAGCGAGAGCUCCGCACUUUGGGCUCCCGCCCCCCAGGGCCGCACUUGGCCCCCACAAACCCAGCCAGGACUCAAACCGCUGAAGGAGCGCAGGGGCUCUCUUCCCAUGUCCCCCUGUCUUCUCCCCAGCCAACUCCCACUACACACAAAAACAGCAACAGUACCCCAAACCAAGACCUGGAUGAAACCAAGCCUUUGGAUCCCUGCUCUUCUAAAACAGACCAGUCUUCUGGUGUUAUUAUGACACCCAAACUGGCUCGCGCAGGGCCCAAGAUCUUUGACAAGGUUCUGGCUUUUGAGGAGCGAAGGUCAAGCGCGGACGUGCCAGCAGGAGCUGGGUCAGUUUCAGGGUUUGGAUGGGCCGCUGCCUUCGAGAAGACAGGAGGCCCCAGCAAAGAGGAGGGCCGAAUCCUGCAGGGCGCAGCCCAGAAGCGAACGGUUUUCAAGCAGCGGGCCUCUUCAUUAGAGGACAAGACAAGCUACUCCCAGAGGGUCCAGAGCUACCAGAGCAAGUUCGCUGAAGAGCUCCAGAGGAUCAAGAAGCUUGUGGGGAAACCAAGCUUGAAGAAGGCUUACUCCACUGAGCAGCUGUCGCAGAAAGAGAGGCUGCCCGCGGGGAAACUAGAGCCCAUUCCUCCCCAAGUGGUUAAAAAGUUGGAGGCGAGGGAGAGAGCCCUGGAGGAGGGAAAAGUUGGAGAGAGGGAAGGGCGCAGCAGUCAGCAGAUUCGUCCCCGGGCCCAAGGCAACGGUCUGGGGAAUCAAAGUAACGAUCCCGAAAAGGCUAAAAUGACAGAUUCACGGGGCAAACCAGCUGACAGCUCAGCACGAGGGAGCACAGGGAAAAUCUCUGUUACCAUGGAGACAGCACCGGUACACCAGUUACCAGGGCAACCAUUGCUAACAGCCACAAGGACGAGCCUCACCAGGGAAAAACCACAAAGUUAUCCAGCAGCUGACAAACACACACUUGUUGCUCAAUCGUCGUCCUCCUCCAGAGACCUGGGGGCAGAUUCAAAAAGAGACACCAAGAUGGACAACAGAGCAGGCCCCAGACCACGCAGCCCGAAUGGAAAGACAGCAUCCCUAGAUACUGUGAGGGAACCAGGGUCCCAGCAUCCACCCAAGCCCCCUCGGCUCACGCCAUCACCCACCCCUUCCAUCAGCCCUCUCCUGAAAAGGAGGAAGGCAGCGGUGGGGCGGACGUCUCCGGCGUUGAAAGUGAACAUCCCCACUAUCCUGGUGGAGGAUGAACCCAUGGAGAUAGACUGUGCUGCGGACAGGACCAGGAGGAAAGAGGGAAACGUUCGCAAGGGCAAGAGAGGUCGCUCUGCGCAACCGUGCGCCGAUGAGGAGCCGGCUGAGGCCCCGAGGUUCGAGAGGCUUCUUGAGGCCACCACGGGACCCAGCGCCUCAGAGGUCACACUGAGAUGUGUCAUCACUGGAAACCCACCCCCUACAGUGACUUGGAGGAAGGACAAUGUGGAGAUGCAGAGCGACGCCUUUCAUGCGGUGAAGGCUGCGGGUGAGGAGCACAGUCUGCUGAUGAAGCAGAUGAGGCCGAACGACGCUGGGUCGUACUGCGUGACAGCUGUCAGCGCGGCAGGGAAAGCGUCCUGCGUCGCUGCACUCCGCAUCCAGUCAGAUUCGUCCCACGCGCAGUGUGAACAACCGACCGUUUCCCUGGAGGUCAGCAGCCCGAUCCAGUCGGAUGAGGAGGAGGCGAUGGAGGUCGGGGACUCGCCUGCUCUGUGCAAAAGUGUCCACUUCAAAGAGCCUCCCUCGAUUCAGGUGGCACCAUGUUACCAGGGGAUAACUGUGGGUCAAGACGUCAUCAUCUCAGCGAAGGUCACAGGGCAGCCCAAACCCAUGGUCUACUGGCUGAAGGACAGAGUAGCAGUCAAGGCGGCGGGGCGCUUCGCCGUGCGAGAGACAGACGACGGCACCAGGGAAUUGAGAAUCAUCUCGGCUCAGAGGUCGGACGCCGGGCUUUACGUCUGCAAGGCCGUCAAUGAGUGUGGAAGCGAGCAGGCGGAGUGCAGAGUGGAGGUCACAGCGUCUGCGGCACGAAAAUCACUGGAGAUCACUCGGGGGGUUAACGAUGUGGCAGCGAGGGCCGGAGAGUCGGCCAUGUUCGAGUGUCACAUCACAGGACCUUCGGAUGUGGAGGUGGACUGGUUGUCCAGUGGGAAGCUGAUCCAGCCAGCACUGCUCAACUGUAAGAUGCACUUUGAUGGAAAGAGAUGCCGUCUACUGCUGAAUUCAGUACAUGAGGAUGACAGUGGGACAUACACAUGUAAGCUGAGCACUGCCAAAGAGGAGUUGACCUCAAGCGCAAACCUGAGUGUCGCUCCAUCCAAGGAGCCUCUGUUCACCCGUAAACUGGACAUCCUGGAGGUGAUUGAAGGCCGAACGGCCCGGUUCGACUGCAAGGUGAGCGGAUCGCCGGCUCCACGAGUCACAUGGAUGCAUUUUGAGGCACGAGUGGAGCAGAGUGAUAACGUCCGCAUCCUUCGAGAGGACGGUCGCCACUCACUCGUCAUCACCCACGUCGGCAGCGACACAGAGGGCUUCUACACGGCAGUCGCUCAAAAUGUCCAUGGGAAGGCUGAAUGUACCGCUGAGCUCUACAUGCAAGAACCCCGAGCUGCCAUCUCUUCCCACAUGGCCAAGUUGGAGAAGAUGCCGUCCAUCCCCGAGGAGCCUGAAGGGCUGGAGAGUGAGGUGGAGAAGAGGACCAUGCCGGACUUUGUCAAACCUCUGGCUGAUGUGGAGGUGGUCGAAGGGAAGGAGGCGUUGCUGAAGUGCAUGGUGGCGGGCCUGCCCUACCCCACCAUCGCCUGGUACCACAAUAGCAAGCGCAUCGAGAGCAGCGAAGAACGCAAGACGACCCAGUACAGGGAUGUCCACCAUCUGGUCAUCCGGAGCGCUUGUCACGCUCACGGGGGCGUCUACAAGGCCGUCAUCGCCAACAAAGUGGGCAAAGCAGCUUGCUAUGCACAUCUAUACGUCACAGAUAUAGUUCCGGACCCUCCAGAUGGUCCUCCAGUGAUAGAAGCCAUUACAGGGAAAACUAUAAGCCUCAGCUGGAAGAGACAGAAGAGGCUUGACCCUUCAUCCGAUGCCAGCUCCUUGCUGUAUACGGUCCAGCAGCAGGCUCUGGGCUCUAUCCAGUGGUCUGUUGUGGCGUCAAACCUGAAGGAGACCAACUACACCGUCACCUCCCUGUCCAAAGGGGUGCGCUACGCUUUCCGAGUCCUGACGUCCACCGGCAAGACACUGAGCAAACCGUCACCCUCUACUGACCUGGUCCAGCUGCUGGACAGAGGACCCUAUCUGAGGAAAGCACCGGUCAUUUUGGAUAAACCGGACAUCGUAUAUGUAGUAGAGAACCAACCCGCGAGCAUCACCAUCACAUUGAACCACGUGCAUGCAGUUAUUGCCUGGAAGAGGAGGGGGGUGGCGCUGGUCAACAGACCGGGGAUGUGUGAGAUGAGCAUGCCGGACGACGAUCAGCAUACCCUGAAGCUUCAGCGGGUCAGGAGCACAGACGUGGGCCAGUUGUUGGUCACAGCCAGUAACCAGUUUGGCAGUGACCUCUGCACGCUUCAGCUGGCCAUGGCAGUGCCUCCUAUGUUUGAAACCAUCAUGGAGGACGUGGAUGUGCACGUUGGGGACACGUCCCGCCUGGCUGUCGUGGUUGAAGGGAAACCAGACCCGGAUAUUCUGUGGUAUAAGGAUGAUGUGCUCCUCUCUGAAAGCAGCCACUUCACAUUUGUGUACGAUGACCCGGAAUAUUCCCUCGUUGUCCUCAACGCCCGCCCCGAGCACUCGGGUGUGUACACCUGCACGGCGAAGAACCUGGCCGGCCCCAACUCCUGCAAGGCUGAGCUCACAAUUCACACAGAGCGAAAAGAAGCAGCGGAGCCAAUGGAGGACGAGGGAACCAUUCUGAGGAAGAUGAGGCGUUUGACGGAUUACUAUGAUAUCCACAAAGAGAUAGGGAGGGGCGCCUUCUCCUACGUGAAGAGAGUGACUCAGAUGAAGGGAAAGGCCGAAUUUGCAGCCAAGUUCAUUUCAGCGCGAGGAAAGAAGAAGGCCUCGGCCCUCAGAGAGAUGGACCUGCUGUCUGAGCUGGACAACGAGAAGAUUCUCUAUUUCCACGACGCGUUCGAGAAGAAAGAUGUGGUGGUGCUCAUCACAGAGUUGUGUCAUGAGGAGUUCCUGGAGAGAAUGGCCAAAAAAACAACAGUCACGGAGCUGCAGAUUCGCAGCAGUGUUCAGCAGGUCUUGGAGGGUCUUCGCUAUCUUCACCAAAAACACAUUGCCCACCUUGAUAUAAAGCCUGAAAAUAUUUUAAUGGCAAGUCCUGGGAGUGACCAAAUCCGCAUUUGUGACUUUGGAAAUUCCAUAAAAUUGGAGACUUCAGAGGAUUACUACUGCAAAUACGGCACGCCAGAAUACAUCGCCCCAGAGAUUGUUAACCAAACUCCCAUUUCCACGGCAUCAGACAUAUGGCCUGUUGGUGUCAUCACUUACCUCUGCCUGACCGGUGUGUCCCCUUUUGCCGGCGAGAAUGACAGAGCUACUGCUUUAAAUAUCCGUAACUACAACGUGGCAUUUGAGGAGGGCAUGUUUUCUGACCUCUGCAAAGAAGCAAAGGGAUUUGUCAUCAAACUUUUGGUGGUGGACAGACUGAGGCCCAGUGCCAUUGAGUGCCUACGUCAUCCUUGGUUCAAGUCACCGACGAACAAGAGCAUUGGCACUGCUAUGCUGAAGCAAGUUUUGUCUAGACGGCGAUGGCAGCGUUCUCUUAUCAGCUACAAAGCCAAAAUGAUUAUGCGGUCCAUCCCGGAGCUCCUGAACGACUCAUCCAGCCACGUCUGCAUUGCUGUGGCGCGACAUUUUAAAGGAGGCUCCCCACCACUUUCCUCUUCCUCGGACUCGGAUGCAGAUGUCGAUGAGCUUCCCUUCAUUCCCAUGCCACUGUCGAUGGUCUUUUCUGGUUCCAGGGUUUCCCUUAACGAGAUCCCAGGGGACGAAGAUGUCACCGGAUGGCCCAGUGUCGCCGCUGAUGGGACAAGGAGAAAGGACAAUGUGGAGGUUGUAGGUACAAGAGGAGUGGCUAUUCAAAGUUUGACAGAGGAAGAGCAAACCCCAAAUGGGGAGAAAAAAGAUAAGACAAAACGAGUGCCCCUUAAAAAAGGAUCAAGUGUGGAGUCGGAUGAAACAGAGACAAAAGCAAGGAGGGCUACUAUGAGGAGAGGAAGCUCUGCUGAUUCAGCACUACUUCUCCACAUUGACCCAGAAGAUGAAAAUGCCAAUGAGGCCUCAGAGGCAAGUAACAAGAGUCUGAAAAAGUCUGUUUCUAUGGAGCUACCCAAUCGCAGCCCAAGUCCUGGGGCAGCAAAGUUGAGCCAGGAGGAUUAUGCUCUGAAACUGGAACUGAUGAGACAGCGGCUGCUCAGAGGAGGAAGCAUGGACAAAAAGAUGAGCGGCCUGCGAGGGCCCUUGUUUGAAACGCUGGGCAUGGAAGAUCAGAGGCAGACAGGGUCACUAGAUCGAAAUUUGAGGAGAUCCAGAGCAGGGCCAUCGACAUUCACUCGAGCAGCAUCUUCUGAUAGUCCAGGGGAGGACACACCAAAGACGAAGGUUUUCCGCAAAAGCUCCUCCUUCACUCAAGGGGAUUCUGAGCCAAUGCCGCUGCACCGCAGGUUCGGAGCGCCCUUGGAGAUCCCAUCUGUGGGCAGCGGUAGCAUAGAAGGGAAAAGGCUCCUAGAGGCAACGUCGAUGUCCGCAUUAACAGAGCAAACAACACUGGAGUCUACAUCUACCUCCCCCACAGUGAGGACCUCCUUCAUACUCCCAACACCAGGAGUGGACCAACAGCAAAAACAGAACAAUGUGACAGGACAUGAGGAAACACAGAAACGGACCAAAACCCUGCUAGCACAAGCAGAUAGAGGAGAAUCUGAGUCCAGAUCGCCCUCUGUAAUUACUCCUAUAAUUGUGAUAGAGGAGGAUGAUGAGCAAGAAGAGAGGACAGAAAACCAGGGGUUACAUAUUAAUGAGAACGAUGUGAAGGGCGAUGAAAAAACAACACAAAAUGGUGCCAUACAAGCGGUCGCAGUGCCGUUUCAAACAUCUGGCAAGACCAAAAGAUCCAAAGACCCUCCAGCUACAGCCAAGCCAGCUGGUACGAGUGACACGGAUACCCCUACAUUACCUGAACACCCAGCAGUAUUUGCCAAAGUAGCAACUGCUGACCGAUCUCCCGGUUCCACUUCUGUAUCAUCAAAUCCUGAUCUUCUUACCGCGCCCCACCAGCCUGUGCUCAGGACCGACAUCAAAGACAUUGACUCAGAAGAAGUCUUUGAAGCCAGGUUUAAGAAACGAGAGUCGUCUUUAACCCGCGGCCUACGGAAGUUGACCAGAAACAAAUCGGAGGAGAAGUCCCCGGUACUGGGCAGGAAGGCGGUUGAAGGGGGUGAAGAGGUUUACAGGCCAGGUGCAAGGGGAGCGCCUCUGGAAAUGGUAUCCAAGGGACUACAGGAGAAAUCCAAAUCUGUUCAAGAUUUGAGGGAUGAAGAUAAGGAAACGGGCCUUGGUCUAAUUGGGAGGUUUUCUUUGCGGACCAAGAAGUCAACAUCCGUUGAUAAGAAGGGUGAGAAACCCAAAGAGGAAAAGCAUCAGAAUGUGCAGGACUCUGCUGUGGGCAAGAGAGUUUCAUGGGCUAUCGGUCGCAGCAAGUCCCUGGAUACAAAGGAGCAGAACAAUGCAGGGGCACAGAAGCAGCAAGAGGAGAGAGAACAAAGAAAAGCUGAGGAGUCGUCGGUUUUUGCUAUGAGGCGCAAGUUUGAGUCCAAAAUGGCUGGAAUUUCUGCCAAAAUGAGGACCCAGUCAGAGGAGAGAAAAGAUAAAAAUGCUGACGGCAGUCAGAAAGAGCUUGCACAGAAGAAGGACUUAAAAAAAGUCACAGAUUCUCCCGUCCUGGCGAUGCGACAGAAGUUUGAGGACAAAGUGGCAGUGAUAUCCACAAAAAUCCGCAGUCAGUCGGAAGAGAGAAAGGGAGAAGCAGAGGAAAAGCGGACACCCCUGUUUACUCGCCAUCGUCAUUCCCAAUCUGAGGGGCGCGGACCCCAAGCAAUGGGCAUCCCUGAGAAUCAACUGGCGAAACAGGCCGGUGCCGGUGCGUCCAAGGAAUCGAUUGAAUCCGCGUCUAGCUUCCAUUCCGAAAAAGCCUCAGACGGUGACAGGCGAUCCCGGUGGGACAGAUGGGGUUUGACAAGGGGCAAGAAAGACAAAACUCCUUCCCAAUCGGAUCUGCCUUCGUCCGUCCCCAAAGAGGGGGGUUCUUCCACCAGCCUGCAGUUUGUCCGCUCUGCUUCGGAUUUCGCUCCAGUGUUCCACAUCAAGCUGAAAGACCACAUCUUAUCGGAGGGGGAGCCUGUCACGCUCAGCUGCCUUCCAGCUGGAAGCCCACAUCCGGAAAUCACGUGGAUGAAAGAACGGAAACCGCUGGAGGUGGAUGACAGAAUCAACUUGAUCUCCCACCCAGACGGCAGGCAGCUCCUCACGAUCAUGAAGUCCAGCCGGAGAGACGCUGGAAUUUAUGAAUGUGUGGCUACCAACCCUAUUGCUACCAUCACCACUUCCUGUACACUAUCCAUAGCUUGUGUCCCAAGGCGGCCGGGGACACCUGAAGUCCCCCAGACUUACAACAACACAGCCCUGGUGCUCUGGAAGCCAGCGGACAGCAAGUCUCCGUGCAGCUACACACUAGAAAGAAAAACAGAGGGAGAUUCUAAGUGGCUGACUGUAGCGACCAGAGUCGUUGACUGCUACUACAACGUCACAAACCUGCCACCAGGUGGCGUCUUCAGGUUCCGCGUCUCCUGCGUCAACAAGGCUGGACAGGGGCCACACAGCAACCCCUCUGCUCCAGUCCGCCUGGACUCGUCAGCGGAAGGAGGAGCGUCACCCACUGUUGCCGUUGUGAACACUGUCCCACGCCCACCUGAACAGGUGGUCACCUCUUCAGUGACCGUGCUUCCACUCAAACCAGUCCAGAACAGCGCUCCCAGGACACCUGUCUCCACCACCACCUCCACCUCUCCAACAGAUCCCGCCUCCCCAGCGAAGGCGGUGACGCGCACCCCUCCAACCUCUCUGCCUUCCAGUGAUGCCGCAAACCCUCCAUCGGCAACAGAGGAGGCUCAAGAAAUCAGCUCCAGCCUUCCCUCUUCACCCACAGUAAAAGCACCUCCGCCCUUUGUCCUCCCCAAACCCCAGAGUCCAGUAAACGUGGUGACCCCUAUGACCCAGACCCCACCCGUAUCACCGCCUCCGCUUGUAGCCCCGUCUUCGACCCCCGCAAAACCCGCCGCGGCCUCUGUGCCCACAUAUGUGCCCAACGCCACCAUCACUGCUCGUGUGGCUCCAACCCCUGUCUCCUUUAUCCCCCAAGUGCUCCAGACAUCCAGCCUGAGCCCCAUCGGUGAAGGGGCCAGCACCCCCACCAGAGGCACCCCAUCAAGACGCGCGACACCGUCCACUGCUCUGCGACAGGGGGUUCCUCAGAAACCCUACACUUUCCUGGAUGAGAAGGCCAGAGGUCGGUAUGGAGUGGUCCGGGAGUGCCGAGAGAAUGCGACAGGCAAAAUCUACAUGGCGAAGAUCAUUCCCUUCAGUCAGGAGAACAAGCAGGAGGUCCUGAAGGAGUACGAGAUCCUGAAACACCUUCACAAUGAAAAGGUGAUGGCCCUGCACGAAGCCUACGUCACGCCGCGCUACCUGGUGCUGGUGGCGGAGUACUGCACUGGCAAAGAGCUGCUGCACAGCCUCAUAGACAGGUUCCGUUACUCUGAGGACGACGUGGCGGGAUACCUGGUCCAGAUCCUCCAGGGCGUCGAGUACCUCCACAGUCGCCGUGUCCUCCACCUCGACCUCAAGCCCGACAACAUCUUGGUGACCAACCUCAACGCCAUCAAGAUCGUGGACUUUGGGAGCGCGCAAAGCUUCAACCCGCUCAGCCUCAAGCACGGCAACUCAGGAACAGAAGCACUGGAAUACAUGGCUCCGGAGAUGGUCAAAGGUGAAGUGGUUGGUCCUCCUGCGGAUAUUUGGACUGUUGGAGUUGUCACCUUCAUCAUGCUCAGCGGCCGACUGCCCUUUGAAGAUAAAGACCCUUUACAAGUCGAAUCCAAAAUCCUGAUGGCAAAGUUCGACCCACUUAAACUGUACUCAAAUGUGUCCCAAAGUGCCUCUGCCUUUCUCAAGAAGAUGUUGAGCAGUUACCCGUGGGCCCGCGCUACCACACGAGACUGCUUCACGCACGCCUGGCUGCAGGAUUCUUACCUGAUGAAGCUGAGGAGGCAAACACUCACCUUCACCUCCGGCGGUCUCAAAGAGUUCCUGGUGGAACAGCAGUGCCGUCGCACAGAGGGGGCCACAAAGCACAAAGUGCUGCUGCGCGCCUACCAGAGCUCGCCACAGUCGCCGGCGCCUGGGACGGCUGCACCGCACGUUCCCAGCCCAAAGUGAAGUGGCGCGUCAGACGCAAAAACACAUCUCGACUCCGCUGUGAAUUACCGCUGCAUGUAAAACGUCGGCCUGCCGAGCGGGGCACAGGUAAAACCCACGGGACGGGCAGACAGCCGGAUAUGAUAAUAUCCAAAGAAAAGACAAGUCCGCCUGUUAUUUGGGGGAGAAGUGAACAUUCAACACGAAUGGGAUUCUGAAGAAACAAAGUGAUAAGCGGACAGAGCAGCUGACCGUCAUGACGUCUGAACAGCUGAGAUUCACAAACUGUCGAUUCCCUGAGAGGACACAGGAUGCUCUGUUUCUUUCUUUCAUUGCACAAGUUCUCAGUCAUGUGGUGAAUCCUUGAAUUGCACAUGGAUAUUUUGGUUUUGGACAAACACUCUACUCUACUCUGCACCGUCAGCCUGGGAACGUGUGUCCAUCAACAUUUCUUCUGCACAACCUUGUUUAUGUCACUAAAUUUAGUAGUAAACAACUCAUGCGAAUGUAUCAUGAUUUAAGCUGCUAUUUUCCCCCCCCCCCACAUUAUCUUACACAUUUUAAAACCAAAAAAUAUUCUUUUUCUUCUUGAAACUGUUUACUUUAUGUUAAUUUAUUUGCAUGUGUGUUCUCGUGUGCGUGCGUGAGUGUGUGUCUGUGAGAGCGCGAGAGCAUUUUUGAAUCACCUUUCAAAUUGGCAUUGCGGCCAAAACAACAAAAAUAGAAAUAAAGGAGUGUUUAUGUGGUUGGUGUUAUGGAUCACACAGUAGAAAAUGAACUGUUUUAGGGUGAGCUAUAGGAAUUUGUGGUGCAACUUCUUGUUCUGUGGUUAAACUUGAUCUCUGGCUGUAAUACAACUAUGAAGAGCAGUAAUGUGAUUUAGAUAACGUUUCACUCUGAAAGGUCGUGCACACACUGUUGGUAAAUCACUGUUGUUUUCUCAGUGUGGCCCAUUAAAGUUGGUCCGUAGGCUUAAAUCAUGAUCACCCAGUCAGUGCCUCAAUCGGAUUUACAUCCAAAAUAUUUAUCUUGCAAAUGUGUCUCCAUUGGCUCCAAUUCACAAUUGAAUUAUUAGAGAGCAACAAAAAAAAAGUUGACUACAAUAUUUGGACUUACAGCAAAUAUAUUCUUACAAACAUGCACACGUUUAUACACGCAUCCGUGCAGUCCUCGUGAUGAUAGAAUGUCAUUAUGUGUUUGCUCUAUCGCAUUGUUCUUCUUUUGUAUGAACUUGGGACGGUUGACGAUUUGUAAAUGUACCAAUUUGCGGUGUUUAUAUGUGGACGAUUUGACAAUGUUUUUAUGAGAUAGUCUGUAAUAAACCAUUGAUACAGUU